GGCGGCGCUGCGGGAGCGGAGCGGGCCAUGGAGAGCGGCGGGGCGCUGAACGGCUCCACCGCCGGGAGCCUGGCAGCCGCGGGCACGGCAGCGCUGGGAGCGCUCAUGGCCCUGCUCAUCGCCGUCACCGUGGCGGGCAACGCGCUGGUCAUGCUGGCCUUCGUGGCGGACUCCAGCCUGCGCACCCAGAACAACUUCUUCCUCCUCAACCUGGCCAUCUCGGAUUUCCUCGUAGGUGCCUUCUGCAUCCCCCUGUACGUGCCCUAUGUGCUGACGGGGAGAUGGAUCUUCGGGAGAAGCCUCUGCAAACUCUGGCUGGUGGUCGAUUACUUGCUGUGCACCUCUUCGGUCUUCAACAUCGUGCUCAUUAGCUACGACAGAUUCCUCUCGGUGACAAGAGCGGUCGCCUACAGAGCCCAGCAAGGCAACACCAGGCAAGCAGUGCUGAAGAUGGUGCUGGUGUGGGUGCUGGCAUUCCUGCUGUACGGACCUGCCAUUAUCAGCUGGGAGUACAUAUCAGGCCAGAGCAUCAUCCCCACCGGGGAAUGCUACGCCGAGUUCUUCUACAACUGGUAUUUCCUCAUGACAGCCUCCACGCUGGAGUUUUUCACCCCUUUCAUCAGCGUGAUGUUUUUCAACCUAAGCAUUUACCUGAACAUACAGAAGCGCACCAAAAUGCGCCUGGAUGUUUUCCACGAAGUGCACAACCAGUCCUUCACUGAAGAGAUGGAAAGGAGCCCGGAGGCAAAGCUUUCUUUGAGAUGCUGUAAGUGGGAGCAGAAGGAGUCAGCUGAAACCCUCGACCUCUCUAAGAGCAAAGCUCAAGCAGCAGCCUCCUCUUCCAGCCUGGAUGCCAAAGACCUGCUGGCAACAAGUUUGGAGAGCUCCAGGAAACCCGAGUGUUGCAACAAAAAGAGCUGUAAAAAUCCAGCCUCCACUCUGUCCUCGGAGAAACGGGUGAAGAUCAUUUCCCAGAGCACGACUCAACGCUUCAGGCUCUCGAGAGACAAGAAAGUGGCCAAGUCGCUGGCAAUCAUUGUGGGCAUUUUUGGGAUCUGCUGGGCACCGUACACUCUCCUGAUGAUCAUCCGCGCUGGCUGCCACGGCCAGUGCAUCUCCGAGUUCUGGUAUGAGACUUCUUUUUGGCUGCUGUGGAUCAACUCAGCUGUCAACCCUGUCCUAUAUCCUCUCUGUCACUCCAGCUUCAGAAGGGCUUUUAUUAAACUCCUUUGUCCCAAGAAGCUGAAGAUUCAGCCUCACGACGCCCUUCAGAGCUACUGAAUGUGAAGCCAGCCCAGCGUGAGGAUGAGAAAAGCUCUGGUUUCCUUCUGCUCUACUGGUGUGGGACUGGAGCUUGUUUCCUUGGGAGAACCCAGGAGCAGUGGUGUGGGGCAGGUGAGGAAGGCAGAAGAGAGCCCACCAUUAACUUAUUUUAGUUCAUCAACAAAAAAAUCCCACUGCUAAGGGGGAUAAAGGGGUUUAUUGACAUUAACCACAGGUAGUGAAAUUUGUGUCCGCCACUUGUAGGUGCCACAAAAGAGCUCUGCUGCCACCUAGGCAGCCUGAGCAGCACCAGCAUUUUGCUCCAAUGAAAUGAAAACUGAAAAAAAAAACAACCCUAAUAAAAAUAAAUAUCUGACUUAAACUACUGCACUAAGCUACAGCGUAGCUGUUGGCAGAUCUGAUCUUUCUCGUAAAUGGGAGCGUGUUUUCCUCACACAGAUGAUGAUGAUACAGAAAGAAAAGAACAAACCUCAGAAGGAAAACAUCUCAUUUAUCAUUUUUGUUCCAGCAGCCGCAGCCAUAAUCCGGAUCCCUGUUUCAUGGGGUGCAAUACCUGUCCCUUCCACACCCCAAGAAGGGACAGAUCUCUGCCCUAAGGACUUUACAGCCAGGCUCUGAGGCACUGAGCAUCUUGAAGCGUGCUGUUGGCAAUGCCUGACCCUUCCCUGCUUCAAAACCGCUCUGAUUUCCCCUGGGUCCUGCCUCCCAGAGCCCAGUGCUCCCGUGGCAGUGCUUCCCUCCUGCCCGGAGCCACGCCGCAGGAACGAGCCCUGGAACCCCCAGGAAAGGGUUCCUGUGAAGUGUGAAAGGUGCCAGCGCAGUUCCAGCUUCUGCACAGGCUCCACCCUGGCAGCACAAAGACAUUUUCAAAUCUCUUCUGCAGGAUUUUAAAGAUACUCUUCUGGCACUGUGUUAGGGAAUGACAAGCUCAGAGAGAAGCACAUCUUGUGUUGUUUUGUUUUGGGUUUUUUUUAUGUUCCUUUUUUUAAUGUUCUUUUCAGACCUUUUAAAUUUUUCAAGUGUCAGAACUCUUGCAUUCUUUCUUUUAAAAUGCUUCGCUUCACUGGAGACCUGGGUUGAGCUGAUUCAGUCAACACAAACAUCAAUUCUUUUACUGUUUAAUUUUUUUUUUUUUUUUUUUUAAGAGCUGUCAACAAAUUACACAGAGAGAGUCCAAAUUCAAGAGACCAGGGCUCUAGCCUUGGUCUUACCAUUUUAUCUCUGCUUCCCAUCUCAUGCUUCAUCACAGUUGCCCAUUUGUUCUGCAACCUCUAUGGGCACAGAGGCAGUGUGACCAAAAAGCAGAUUAAUUCCACUGCUGGCACUGCUCAGUGAUGUAGUAACACAAAUAAGUAAUUAGUUGCCAUGGCAAAUGCUCGUAUUUAACAGUAUUGCACAGGGAACGUGCAAUAAGUCCGAAAACUGCAUUUACAAAUAGAAACCUAAAUGCUGUAAAGUAGCACCCAAAAGCUUAUGGUGUUGUGAUUGCCAAUUACGUUUUGCUGUUGCAAGCAAACUGCUUUUUGGCUGCUGCUAUGAGUAAGAGAAAAUGCCAUCCGACUGUAUCUCAGUGAUAUUUGUCAAGUAGCUCAGUAUUGUCAUCUGAAGUCAGGUUUUAAAUGAUGUCUUGUGUAUGUGAUAUUUCAGACUUGUGGCAUGUUCUGUCAGUCUGUUAUAUAUGGGUCAAAGUACACCCCUGGCAGUAUGAAUUGGCAGGAUAAAUGUUGAGCCUGCUCGUACCUUG